AUGUUUUCCUCAGCGCUCAAGUCCAUUUCGGCAACGAACAUUACCGCCAACUACUCCAUCGCCUCGACAGCCACAUCCCAGGCGGGACCGUGGCGGAUAUACGACGCCAAGAAGAAGUCCACAGGCAAGGCAUACAGCGUCUUUGUAUUCGACAAGAAAACUCUUGAUGCCGGUGGCAGCUCGCUCGGCGGCCGGAGUGGUGGCACGUCGGUGAAGCGCGCGGUGGAGGAGGUCGUGGAGCGGCUGAGGAAGGAAGCGUCAAGCCUAGCGAAACUACGACACCCCAGCAUCCUGGAAUUGGUCGAGCCGGUGGAGGAGACGAGGGGUGGCGGGUUACAAUUUGUGACAGAGGCCGUGACAGCCUCGCUGGCGAGCGCAUUGCACGAGAAGGAUGAUCAGGAGAGAUCUGGUGGACCGGGUGGUCGAGGAAGUCGCUACGUGACGGAAGAUGCGGACGGCGUGCGGCGCCGCCGCGAGCUGGAACUUGAUGAGCUGGAGGUCCAAAAGGGCUUGCUGCAGGUCAGCAAGGCGCUCGAGUUCUUGCACGACAAUGCUGGCCUGUUGCAUGGCAACCUGACGCCGGAUGCGAUCCUGAUCAACGCCAAAUCGGACUGGAAGAUCAGCGGGCUGGCGUUCUGUAGCCCGGUAGAGGGGUCGACGAAACCGACGUCGAUACAGGGCGUCAACCUGUAUGAGGUGCUGAACCCCGACCCAAGGCUGCCCAGGUUCGUCCAGCUCAACUUGGACUAUACUUCCCCAGACUUCGUCAUGGACAACAACAUGACAGCAUCCGCAGACAUGUUCUCGUUGGGCUUGCUGUCCGUAGCCUUGUACAAUUCGCCUCACCGAUCGCCUUUGGAGAGCCACGGCAGCUUGUCCGCGUAUCGAAAGCUCUUCUCCUCGUCCUCGACGAUACCAUCGGCAUCGAACAAGUUCCUCUCCAAACGGCCGCUGCCCAAGGACCUGACGAACCAUGUCCUACCUCGCCUGAUCACUCGACGACCAGCGCAGCGCAUGACGGCCAAGGAGUUUCAAGAGAGCGAGUUCUUUGACAAUGUGCUCAUAUCGACGAUUCGCUUCCUGGAUGCGUUUCCGGCCAAGACACCGAACGAGAAGAACCAGUUCAUGCGCGGCUUGAACAAGGUUCUCCCCUCAUUCCCCAAGUCAGUGAUCGAGAAGAAGCUUCUGCCUGCCCUGUUGGAGGAGCUCAAGGAUCGAGACCUGCUGUCUCUGAUCCUGCAGAAUGUUUUCAAGAUUCUCAGCCUUCUGCCAUCGUCAAGACGAGCAUUCGUUGACAAAGUGCGCCCUGCCCUCAAAGACAUCUUUGUGGUCAACGCGAAGCAAGCGCAGCAGGACAAGGAUCCGGCAAGGGAUGCCGGGCUCAUGGUCUUCCUCGAGAACUUGUCCAUUUGCGCAGAAAACUGCUCAGGAAAGGAAUUCAAGGAUGAUAUCUUUCCUGUACUGCUGGCCGCCAUCGAGUGCCCUACACAUAACAUCAUUGACGCUGCCAUGCGCAGUCUCCCUGUCGUCCUACCUGUCCUUGACUUCAGCACCAUCAAAGGCGAGCUCUUCCCGGUUAUUGCCGCGGUCUUCACGCGUACCAACAGCCUCGCCAUCAAAGUACGAGGCUUGCAGUCCUUUGUCAUCCUCUGCGGUGGGUCGGCUGACGCCGCAGCUGAUGAUGGUCUGAACGGUCUUGCGCCUCAAAAGAAGACGUCUUCCUCGUCAGCAUUGGACAAGUACACGAUGCAGGAGAAGAUUGUGCCGCUGGUGAGGGGCAUCAAGACAAAAGAGCCGGCCGUCAUGAUGGCUGCGCUGAACGUGCUUCGCAUUGUCGGGCAGACGGCCGAUGCCGACUUUGUCGCCAUGGACAUCCUCCCCAUCCUGUGGAGCAUGAGCUUGGGACCCUUGCUCGAGCUGAAGCAGUUCCAGACAUUCAUGGAGCUCAUCAAACUUCUCUCAUCUCGCGUUGAGGAGGAACAAACGCGCAAACUACAAGAACUGGGUGGCACCAAUGGUUCCGCCACGGUCAGCAAAGGAGAAGACAUGCUCUCCUUUGGUGGACUCACGGGCACUGCCUUUGAUGCCACAGGCCCUGCCGGGAACGAGGAUGACUUUGAGUCUCUUGUCAAGGGGAGAAGCAGCACGUCCGCAGCAGCAGCCCCGGGAAACGGGAGCUUCCCCCGCUGGGACGACACACCCAACACGACGACGACGACGACGAACAUGUCGUCUUCCAACGGACCUGGUCGGUCGUCAGGGCGAAGCACACCUUCAGCACCAGCGUUCUCCUGGUCCACAACGACGCCCGCGCAGCCGACGAGCGCCCCCUCGGUCACGUGCGCGUUCACAGCGCAGCAGCCUAGUUUCAGGACCGUGACGCCCGACAUGAACUCGUUUGCGAGCCUGACGCCGACGUCGACGCAGUUCAGUCAGCCUCUGCAACCUGUGUCGCAGCAGAAAACGGCGGCAUUCUCCCCACCACCGGCGCCUCAGCAGCAGCCGCCGCAGUCGUCGAGCAUCAACUGGGGUAGUGGCAGCAGCGGUGCAGCAGCGUCGAACCCAUGGGCAUCCUCGACGCCGUCGAGCACAGCACCCAACUACUCGUCCGGUGCAGCAGGCCUGGCAUCCUCAAUGGCUGUCAUGUCACUGAAUAGCCAGCAGAGACCUACCAUGGGUGCCUCGUCAGGUUCAUUCUCAUUACCGCCGCCGCCUGCACAAGGGAGCACUGGAUUCGGCACGGCAGCGCCUCAGAGCCAAUGGGGCCAGCAGCCUAUGAGUAUGAGCAGCACGGCGAACACGCAACCAUCUCGACCCCAGCAGCAGCCGCAGCAGCAGCCGCAGGCGUCCAAGUCUGGGCUGGACAAGUAUGAGUCGUUGAUAUAG